CUGUAAUGAGCCCCGUGCCGAGCCGUGUGCAUGUAAUUAAAAGGCACACCAUUCAUCUGGGAGGAAGGGAGUCUCCUUAAUCUGCGUCAACCCACAUUCUCGCCUCAGAGGAUUCGCCGGCGCGGUUCCGCUCGCCUCCCAUCGCUUUGGCUGCUGGGUUUAUCCUGCGUCCUUUUAUUUAUUUUUUUUAAUGCAUGUGCACAUCUAGGUGGGAGCAGGUGCAGAGCCAUGACCCUUGCACGUGCCUUUCAGCCUUUCUUCAUUCGAGGAAGUUGCGCUCUAGGCGCUCGCCGCCUUGUGUUACUUUUUGCGUGUUGACUUCUUUCUUUUGUGCUGCAGUUCCAUUUUUGAGGCAGGAGGGAACGCGUCGGCGCCGUGCACCGGUUUGUGCGCUGGUAUGUUCCCUUGGCAGAGCACGCUGACACACCUCCGUGUUUGUGCAGGUCUCGUGGAUGGGCCACAGCUUGCCUGGCCCGCAGUGUUCAGCUUCAGUGUUUUCUGUCUAAAUGAUAGCACGUUCAGACCCCUUUGUUGCAGAGAGCGGACUCUCGUCUCAGUCAGUUUCCUUUAUUGUAAUGUUUCAUCACGGUUGAAACACAGCCGGCCCUUAAUAUAACAUGUCUCUCAUCCAGUGUUUGAGCGCUGGCUCUAUUUGGGAGCUUAAUAACCAGGGUGAAAGCCAGUUCAACUUCAGAGCUAAGUUGAUUAACAUCUCUUGUGUAAACCAUCUGGCCCAACAUCUGUUGCCUCAGGCCUCCCGCUGCAUUAAGACUCCAGCUCCAGCAUCGGCAACAGAUACAUACGGCGCCCUCCAGAUAUGCUCGCCGUGUGUUUAUGCGGUAUUUCAGAGGAGCUGGGAUCAGAUCUAGUUCGUGUUUUGGCCACGUCUCAUAGCAAAGACAGACGACUGUCUGCACUUGCUCUGAUCGAGACGGAGCUGAUGUUGUUUUUGUAGCGUUUGCUUCUAAAACUGUGUAGACCCCGCUCUAAAAAGGGCGACAUGCAUAACACCUUGUCUUCCUGUGUUGCGGGUGAUGUCAUUCAAAUAAAAAUGACCUGUUCUGGAGAAACUCUGUGAAACAGAAGCCGCUGCGUUUCAAACACAGGAAAACCGCUUCGAAUAAAUUCGCCACCUCCUCACUUCCCCUUCCACUCAACCGGAGGAUGAACUUGAAACUACCUGUCGGGACGCUGCUGCUUUGAAGGUUGCUUCGAAGGAUGCUCUGCUGGCGGACCUUGAGUCCACAACAUCCCAUAUUUCCAAGCGUCCGCUCUUCCUGUCUGACGAGGCUGCUUACUCCUUCCCUGUCGAUGGUCAGUCCCAGCCCGACGUCUGCUCUCCACCCGCACAUUUUGAGCAAACUCUGAACGGCCUGGAUGAAACCGAGCCCUUCAGCUCAGCUCAGAGAAGUCCUUGGUCACGAGACAGCACUAGUCCAACCCAACCCAUUGGGGAAGAGGAUCACGUCUACAGUUUUCCUAAUAAGCAGAAGAGUAGUGAAUCAUCAGCUGGUGCCAUGAACUCGUCUAUGGGCAACAACCUGUCCGAGCUGGACCGCCUGCUGUUGGAGCUCAACGCUGUCCAGAAAAGCACCCCUGCCUUCCCUACAGAAGAAGAGGCAGCUCCUCCACUUCCUGCCAGCAGCGUCAUCCACCACAUCCAGGAGAACGGUGUGUCCACAGCAGGCAAGGCUGCUCCGCAUGCGCAGGUGAAGCCCAAACGGGGCGCAGCAGCAGCCCGUGGAAUCGAAGAUGUGCGACCGAGCGUAGAGAGCCUGCUAAACGAGCUGGAGAGCUCAGUGCCCACACCGAAUCCCACACCUUUGGUGGUGACCGAUGAACAAACAGAGGAAACACCUGCACAGCAGCAGGUCAGAAUGUCUGCUUCCUCCGCCACACGAGAACUAGAUGAGCUGAUGGCCUCCCUCUCCGACUUCAAAGUCCAAAGCAAUUCUGGCUCUCAGUUGUCCUUAAAUCAGGAGGCAGUAGACUCCUCACUUGUAGCCAGUUCUCCAGUUGUUGAAAGAGAAGCCAACCCUUCUCUAAACACUCAUAUUGGUUCGGUGGAUACUUUUCUACCCUCCAGUUACACCCCCCUGUCCUGUACAUCUGUUCCACUUGAACUUCAUAUUGAUGAGGAUGGUUGUUCAGCCACUGGUUCCACUGUGAACUCUGUAUCCUCCAAGCACUCCCAGAUCCAAAAGAAAGAGGAAGGUGGGGGUGUCACUUCUGAGGUCUCCAAUACCCAAGAGUCUUCUUGUCCUGCUAAAGUCAACAACUCCCCACAGAUGUUAGUCCCUAAAGUCUCUACCAGUAAACUCUCACAACCACCAGAAAAGAGUUCAAGUCCAGUUACAUUCGGCAGAGAUUUGAGUUCAGGCCCCUCUCCCCGAAGCUUUAGUCCAGUGGUUGUUUCCAAGAGCCCCAGCCCCGUCACGCUUUCUAAAAGUCCUAUUUUUAGAACCAAGAGUCCUAUUCCACCUCAUCUCAAAAGCUCCAGUCUCAGCCCAGUUUCCACUAGUCAUAGUUUAGAAACACCUGCCAAGAAUGACGGUUUAGUGACACCGCCCAAGAGUUCUAGUCCAGUCACGGUUCCAAAGAUUUCAAGUCCGGUACCAAAAAGUGCAAGUCCUUUGACGAUACCGCAUAGUUCAAUAACCAUCCCAAAAAGCCCUAGUCCAGAAUCUGUUCCCAAGAGUGCCAGUCCAGUGUCAAUGCCGAGACUUUCAAGUCCAAUUCCGAAGCUUUCAAGUCCUGUGACAGUCCCUCAUGUCUCCAGUUCCCCUGUACCCAUGAGCUGCAGUCCAAUAACAGUUCCAAAGAGUGACACUACACUUCCUAAGAGUCCUGCUCUAGUCGUUAAAAAAACAUACACAGUUCCAGGCACUAGUAGUCCUAGAGCUUCACCAGUUUCACAAGGCACCGCACUGUCAAGACGCCUGUCUCCCCCAACCAUAGAAAAAAAUGAAGCACUGGAUCUAACAUGGCCAUGCAGGGAACCCUUAUUGGAUGAUGCUUUAGACAAGCUCUUAUUCCCUGACUCCAACCAGCCAGCAGGUUCUGUUAUGUCUGGAAGUGAAGACAGAUUUUGGGAAGAAGAGGAUGGAAUGUACCCCGAACUCAGCCGGGAGGCAACCUCAACACCCAUGACCGAGUCCAGUUGGAUAGAUGAGUGUUUCACCCCUUCCACCUGCCCUGGAACACCAGACGCAGCGCUGGACCUGCCCUUACAGCAGCCCUCUGCCGUGGAGCGGCUAUCGGCUUCUGGCCAACUCAAGUCCGUCAUCCGCCGCACCAAAGAGACGACCAACGUGCAUCCGAUGUACAGGGAGGGCCUGUUGCGCCGCAAAAUGGGCCCGAUUAUUGUCAACAAGAGCAACUCUCAAGACCGACUCAUUGAGGAGCUUCAGGGGAAGUUGGGCAUUGGGCGAGUGGAGCGCCGGCGUAAACAGCAGCCAGAUGAUUGGCUGACCGAGGGAGUGAUCGUUAUGUCCAACCCCCAGCGAACACGUGAAGAAGGGGCACAGCCAUCUGUGGAUAAGAUCAUCAUCCCUCCUGAGUCACCUGCCCCACAGAGAAAAAUCCUGCCCCCUCCACAAUCUCCCCCAGCACCCAAAAAGCUUCCCCCAGUAAAGCAGGCCCCUCCGCCUCUACCUCCUCCCCCUCCGACCCCCCCAACGCCUCCACCCCCCCGAGAACCUACCCCUCCACCUCCUAAGGAGCCUUCUCCUCCUCCCAGGGAGCCCACGCCUCCCCCUGUCCAGCCCUCACCUAGCCCCCCUCCCAAGCCUAUCACACCACCACCGCCACCAAAGGUCUUUGUAUCAGUGGAGUGUCAGACUGAGUAUGACCCCAUCUUCCCACCUCUGCAGAUCCAGUCACAGGGAAAGACGUCUCCCACACCUGCCCCGAAACCUGCCAACAAGCUGGACAACAUGCUGGGAAGCUUGCAGUCAGACCUCAACAGACUCGGAGUCCAGACUGUGGCUAAGGGUGUUUGUGGAGCCUGCAAGAAACCUAUUGUUGGACAGGUGGUGACUGCCAUGGGCAGAACUUGGCACCCCGAGCAUUUUGUAUGCACCCACUGCCAGGAGGAGAUAGGCUCCAGGAACUUCUUUGAGCGGGACGGGCAGCCUUACUGUGAGACAGACUACCACAGCUUGUUCUCACCACGGUGCCACUACUGUAAUGGACCCAUACUGGACAAAGUUGUCACUGCUUUGGAAAAGACUUGGCACCCAGAGCACUUCUUCUGUGCUCAGUGCGGAGCCUUUUUUGGACCCGAAGGCUUCCAUGAGAAGAAUGGAAAAGCUUACUGCAGAAAGGACUACUUUGAUAUGUUUGCCCCGAAAUGUGGUGGAUGUGCCCGGGCUAUCUUGGAGAAUUACAUCUCCGCUCUUAACUCUCUCUGGCACCCUGAAUGCUUCGUAUGCAGGGAGUGCUUCACGCCGUUCAUCAACGGGAGCUUCUUCGACCACGAGGGUCAGCCGUACUGCGAGGCGCACUACCACGAGCGCCGGGGCUCGCUCUGCUGCGGCUGCCAGAAGCCCAUCACCGGCCGCUGCAUCACAGCCAUGGGCAAGAAGUUCCACCCCGAGCACUUUGUGUGCGCCUUCUGCCUAAAGCAGCUCAACAAGGGCACCUUCAAGGAGCAGAACGACAAGCCCUACUGCCACGGCUGCUUUGUCAAGCUCUUCAGUUAGGCCGCGUGCCUGUGUGUGGAUGCGUUGGUGGUGUGUUUUUCUGAGACAGACGGCGUUGAUCCACAGGUGGCCGCCGUCAUGACUCGCUGUCAGCCGUAGACAGCGAAAUGACUUUGAUGGCUGUCCCACCUCUCAGGCUUGGCAUUUCACACUUUUGCUAAAGACAUUUUAAAGAGACCCCAAAGAGAUUUUUAUUUAGAAUUCUAUUUGUCUGUGCAGCAAAAGGAAAAGAUGCUCAUUUCCCUUAUGUGUGAGUAUGUUGAUAAAUUGAGGCAACCAAUCCCUGGUUUGUCAUUUAUUUUAUACCAGCAGUGCAGGGAGAGGCCUGCCGACGCUGAAAUAGUCCCGUGCAGAUGUGAGACAGCUGCUUCACUGCAUGGACCAUGGAGAGUUGACUUAAGUAGUUUGAAAAUAUGUUGAGUGUUAAAUACCAAGUGCUUGGCAAUGAUAAGACAGUAGGUAGUAAGACACAGAUGUAUUUUUAUAGCUACCGAAACUAUUGAGGUGCCAUAAAAAACCUAUAAAAACCCACACAUACACAGAGACAUUAAACUUCUCCACUGUAAAAUACCUGUGAAUCCAUUUGCAUUCUCCAACCACACAUCUCCAGACCAGACCGUCUUAAGGUGCAUUUUACAAGUUCGUGUCAUCAAGAUAUUAUUUUUCUACUCUUUUACUACGAAGAUGAAAAAUUAAUCCAGAUGCUUUUUCAGUUUUAACAGUACAUUCACACUUCUUCUUUAGUGAUUUUUUCUAUUGGUGGAGGAAUAUCUCAUCAUGUAGCAAUUUAGGAUUUUAUCACUUUACUACUGUAGCAUAUUGAAAUCACUCAAAUUAUGUUCAGCUCGACUAAAAAUAAUAACGUGCUAUGGUUGUAAAUGCUGAACAUUUGGUGCAGUUUUGAUAAAAUUAGCUAAAACAAAGUUAUUUAAAGGAAAAUUUUUACUACUGUAUUUUACACAAAUAAAUUCAGAAUCAUUGUAAUUAGCAUUACUGACCCUUGAGUUCAACAUGUAUUUUCAUAUUUAGCUGCUAUGCUUGUGAAUUUGCCACUGCAUUAAAUCCUUUAGGACAGUUGGCACAAUGUGUAAAAAUCUAAACAGUAGCGUCAGAUUAAAAGCAUGCGUCUUUAGUUUUCAGUUGCAGAUGCUGUUACAGUCAGAUAAAUUUGUACAAUCCUCAACUUGGCGACAAGACUGUGUUUUGUCACUGUUUUGCUAAGCAAUCAUGUUUUUGAGUGUUCGGGGCUCAAAAGAAAAGAGCUGGCUCUGUUGACGUGUAGGCUCAAAGUAGUUGACCCUCUAUUUACCCACACCCUAUUCAGACCACUUCUGACUCCGGUGCUUCGGGCCUUCUGAAUCUUUUUACGAUUAAUCAUAAUUAUGAUCCUGCUGUCAGAGUCAGUAUUGUUUCUUGGCUCAGUGAUGUGAACUGAAUGUUAGUGUUACCUGGUCAGGAAUCAGAAUGCAACACCAAGCCGAGCCUAGAAUUUCACUAGUGACUCAUUUUAAUGUUUAAACCUGUAGCUUUGUUUGCCAGGUUCAGUAUAUAUAUAUAUAUGUGUAUUCUUGUUUUGAACAAUAUUGCUUGUCAUUAAUUUUGAUCAACUUGUGUUUGAACGUAAUCCACCAUAAUGCGUAUUCAGAUUGUUUUUACUUGAGAAAGUGUUUUUUCUUGUGCCAAAUGUGUCAAUGCAAUAAUGUCUUGUACACUGUGGAGUUCAGCUUUUCCUGUGAUCUCGCAUUUUUGGGGCUGAGCUCUGGGAGCGGCUUCACCUGCUGUGGUGCAUCCUAAGUCUAAAACCUUACACUGUAAUAGAUGACUCUGUAAGAAUCCUCCAAACUGAGCAAUUCUACACACUUGUAGCAGCUUCACAUUCAAAGGAAGCAGCUCAGGGCACCUGAACCAGGUAUCGUCAGUUUCUCCCGUGUAUAUGUUUCUUCUGACAAUAUCUUGCCUUAUUUUUUUUUUUUGCUUCUAUCAAAGAAUUUAUGAAACAAAAGCCGGAGCAUUUUACUGGUAAUGAGAUUUAGUGCAGGUUGCUUUGUACAGUCUUGUGGUCAUUUACCAUGUGCAUUUUACCAUGAGCCUUGAAUUGGUGCGUAGGGUGUAUGAAUACGUGGUUAGUGAUUACUGAUGGAUUGUCAUGGCUGCUGCAAAUAAAACAAGUACUUUAUUUCUGA